UCACAGGAACCGGGGCUCCCGCAGGAACCGAGGGUCCCACCGGAGGCAGAGACUCCACAGCAGCCGGGGGUCGCAGCGGAGGCAGGCGGAUCACAGGAACCGGGGGUCGCACCAGAACCGGGGGUCGCACCAGCACCGGGUGUCACACCGGAGCCGGGGCUCCCAUGGAGGCCGAAGGCUUCGCCCUCUGCCAGGCGCCCGCGCUGCAGACCAAAGUGUUCCAGUACCGGCUCUGGGACGUGAACCAGCGCUCGCUGUACCUGCGCGGUGACACGCUGGUGGCCGGGCACCUGCAGGGCGCCAACGCCGCGCUGGAAGAGAAAGUGUUCUGGGUGCCCAACCGCGCCCUGGAGCCCGGGCGGCUGCCGGUGAUCCUGAGCAUCCGGCACGGAUCCCGCUGCCUCCGCACCGAGCGCGGCCCCGGCGGGGAACCGCGGCUGCGGCUGCAGGACGUGGACAUCCGGGAGCUGCCCCGCGCCGGUGCCACCGCCGCCGCCUUCACCUUCUUCCGCUCCUACCGGGACGGGCUGUGGCGCUUCGAGUCCGCGGCGCACCCCGGCUGGUUCCUGUGCACGGCCCCGCGCGGCCACCAGCCCCUGGCGCUCUGUCGCCACCGCGAUGUCACCUCCCAGCUGCUGGACUUCUACUUCCAGCUCUGCUGAGCCACCCCGGCCCCGCGCGGCCACAGCCCAGCCCCGCCAGGGUGGUGGCAUGUCCCUCGGGGUGGUGGCAUCUUCACUGGGAGGGUGGCAUUGUCAUCCCCAGGGUGGUGGCAUCUUCACUGGGAGGGUGGCAUCGUCAUCCCCAGGGUGGUAU